UUUUGACUCAUUGAACCCUCUAACUUUGCUUCAAAUUCUCAACGAUGUUUUUGCUGAAAUUAACCCACAGGUAGUUAACAUUACUAUAAAUAUUAAGGCCCUCGGUCAAGCCAUUCCAGCUCCAACAUCAUCCUAGAUCUGUUGGACAAUGUUGGCUGGUGUUGGAAUAGACCAAAAAAUGUUGGACGAUAUUGGACUAUACUGGUUUGAACAGGAUUUGUUACUUGCUCUCCCUGUGAAUGCAAAACAUAUCUGUAGAUUUCUGAAAAUCUUCUAUAGCGAAGAACGCCCUAACCAAGUGCAGUUGCGGAAAAUGCAACUACAUAUAGGCAGGGCCGCCGAGAGGUUGGCGGGGGCCCGGCGCAAAUUUUGUUAGGGGUCCCUAUCCAAAAUUUCUUCGGAGAACAACUUUUUAGGGAAAAAAAUUUUCCGGACGAGUACGUUGCAAUUGCUUUCCAGCAACUUUCUUUACCUCAAUUUUUCAUACCAAAUUUUGGAACUUUGCGCGGAAAACCCAAAUAUCUUACCCUUUGCGCGGAAAUAUUUAACCCAAAAAAAUGACUGGGGCCCAGCAAAAAUUUCUAGGGGCCCCCAAAACCUGAGGGCCCGGGGCAAUUUGCCCCCCCCCCCUCCUCUCGGCGACCCUGCAUAUAGGCCCUCGAACCUACGCUCCAGUGAGUGGUGCACGUUGAUCCAAAGUGAUAAGGGCACUGUAUGUAGGCGAAGUACAGAGGAUGAUUAUCGUAAUUAUACAUACAAUAUAUAUUCAUUGGUAAUUCAAUAGCGCAAUAAAAAUUAGUGUAUACAGUAUGCAGUAAAUUAAUUUUAAAAUCUCAAAAGUCGAAAUAAUGUUAGCAUGCAGCUCAGGUGUGUAAUGAUAUUAAAAAUGAUUUUUCAGCACAAAUUGGAUAUUCGAGAAGAAGAUCCUGAGUCGAUGGUUGUUCGUAUGCUGACAUUUCUUCGUGUACUCAAGUACAAACCUACUACAGGUGCAGAUAAUCCGUAAGUAGAAAUGUCACAUGUGAGUAACUGUCACAAGUUGUUUCAAAAUACCAAGUAUUUCCUGUAACAUCGUGUUUUGAUGCAGUAUGAUAUGAUUUAGGGGCUGCCUACAUGCAUACUCGCAUGAUCCCACUGCUGGAAUUGGAUACAUAAUUAGGAUGUUGUUUCCGAUGUAGCGUAUUGAAUAGAACGUCAGGGUUGACGGGUUGGUUUUGAUUUUUCGAAAUAAGUAAUCACUUGGCAUAAAGAGAAAGUUCAACAUUAAUACAAAUUGAACAAUUAAUAAAAUCAAUUUUUCUGAAUUAUUUGAACCGUUAUUUAUUUUCACAUACAUCCUUCUUUCCGCGUGAAUCAUGACGUCCGGGUUACUCCGGUAAAGCAGAAACAUGUAUAGACUGUCCCUUAAUUCGUUUUCAAUUGACAUAAUAUAUAUUGUUUAUGAAAUUGUAAGUGUAGCAUAAUAUUUUAGCAUUUCUUGUCUUACAGGAAUGCAUUCAGACAAGGAUUGGUUCAAGGUGAAAAACCUGUGAUAUAUCCGAUUCUCCAAUGGCUCUUCCAGAACAUGGAUGAUCUCAAAAAACGAGCUUACUUAGCUCGAUAUUUAGUCCGUAUUGAUAUACCACCUGACCAACUGGCUGAUCAAGACAUUUCUGAACUCAAUGAAACGGUAAGUUGAGUUUAUCAUUAUUUGAUUUGAAAAUUAAAGUGGAAUGCUAUAGAAUGUCAUGUUCAUACAGCGAAAAGAUUCACCAUGUUUCAUUUUAUGCUUAUGAGUGAUAAUAUUCUCAUGUGGAUUAUCAAAACCGUGUAUGAGCAGAACGUGGAGUGUGUAUAAGCGGAGAAAUCGUGUAUAGGCAGAUUGUGCCGAACAAUCGUGUAUAGGCUGAACAAUCAUGUACAGGGAUGGAUCCAGCAUGAUCUGGUAGGGAGGGGGGUGCUCUGCCAGCUUUGGUGCUAAGUUGUGUCGGUCUGCCUUGGUCAUGUAUGCCGCCUCGCCCCACCCACCUCCAUGCAAUAAAUCGUGUAUAGGCAGAUUGUGCCAAACAAUCAUGUAUAGGCUGAACAAUCGUGUACAGGGAUGGAUCCAGCAUGAUCUGGUAGGGAGGGGGUGCUUUGCCAGCUCUGGUGCCAAGUUGUAUCGGUCAUGAGUGCCGCCUCGCCCCACCCCCACCCACAUCCAUGCAGUAAAUCGUGUAUAUAGGCAGAUUGUGCCAAACAAUCGUGUAUAGGCCGAACAAUCGUGUAUAGGUCGAACAAUCAUGUAUAGGCAGAUUGUGCCGAACAAUCGUGUUUAGGCGCAUGUUAUAAGCCGAACAAUCGUGUAUAGGACCGUGUAUAUAAGCAGAACAAUCGAUGGAGUGUGACUGGGUUUCGACCCCACCAAUCUUUGAAUUAUUAGUUCAGUGCUAUGCCAACUGAGCUCAUGUACGACGAAUAUAAUAAUAUUUUUAAUAAUAGUUUUAUAAUAUUUUUAACUAGACUUUGCUAACUGUCAUGUAUCUCUAGUACAAUUCACGUAUAAGGUUCAAGUUAACCAAGGUAACCAAGAUCGUUAAAUUUUUCUUUUAGUACGGUGAACUCAUGGAGCAAUUUAAGGAAUUUCACAAAGAAUUAGAACGGUUGAAAACAUCUGGCUUUUCCACUGGUGAAAUUAAAAAGGUUUGUCAAAAUUCAGUAAAGGACACGAACCUUAAUAUAAUGUCCGUUGUAACUACGAUCACGGAAAUUGCUUUUGCAUAGAUAAUUCCAAGCAUAAAUAAUUCCAGGAAUAAUAGAGUAUCGGAAGUUGCGUUUGUUGACGCAAUUUAAGCGUUUGCAAUUGAAAAUUUGCAAUACAGUAGAUGUACAAAUUUAUGUUGAAAGAUUUUUAACUGAAAUAUAAACUAAGGAACUUAUAACAGAGCUAAAUUAUUGUCAUGUUAUUCUCGUUACUAUAAGGAUAUUGUCAACAUGGAAGAUGAACAAGAACAGCUGACCAAGCGUGUGGAUCGUGUUAGAAAGAAGGUAAAAUAUACGCAUCUAUUACCUGCCAUGCACUGGAGAGCAUCUGGAACAGUAGAACUUAUAACAUUCAAACAAGACAACAAAGCUCUGCAUUCCUUUUGCUGUUCACGUUGUCAGUAUGCAAAAUGUAGCUGAGCUCCAGAAUAUAUAUAUAUAUAUAUAUAUAUAUAUAUAUAUAUAUAUAUAUAUAUAUAUAUAUAUAUAUAUAUAUAUAUAUAUAUAUAUAUAUAUAUAUAUAUAUAUAUAUAUAUAUAUAUAUAUAUAUAUAUGCGCAAAUGCGCGAUAUGAAUCCGUAACAUGCAAAAUAAUGAUAUUGCUCAAGUUGGGUAUAAUCAGGUCAUUUUGACUCUUACUGUAGGUGGAGUCUGUUAAGAAUCAUGAAAAAAUGAUUAGUGCUGCCCGUAAUUUACGAAUUGCAAGAGAACAGGAAACGGAUCUCCGACAACAGAUGAUCGAUCAAAAGAAUCAAGUGAGUAUAUUAUUUUAUCCAAAUGAGACGAAGCGUGAGACGAAGGAUGCCAUGAAAUGAUCAAUUAAAUCAAAAUUGUUUCUCGGGUAUAAGAUUAAUCUUUGUAUCAUAAAAAAUGUUUUCACUAUAGCUUGUUCAUGCUGAGCAAAAAUACCAGAGGCAACAACAACAACUCAAAAAUACACGUUCCCAAGGAGUAGGAACAACUGGUUCUGGUGAGUAUUGCAAGUGUAGUAUAGUAAAACAACUCCUCCACAUGAAGCUGCAAGUAAGAAAUUUACAUAAGAUAUGUUUCAAUUUUACCCCAGGCUUUUCAACCGCAUUUAUUAAGGGCAAAUUACUAUGUUUUACGUUUAGCUACACCCAUGCUAGUAGUAAUGUAG